AUGGCCCCGACAAGGACGCAAAUACAUACAUCACUCAACUUUCCCCCCCUCCACCAGCGGAACCCGUCAAUGACAUUCUGGGACGACCUUACAGAGGAUGAAAAGAGGUCAUCCGUGGACCGGACAUGCCCUCGAGAAUUUCGAGAUGGCUCUGCCUGGGAGGCAGCGGGCCGAGUAAAGGAAAAAUGGGAUGAGGAUGUAUAUCCAAAUCUCAAAGCCUUCUUAAAUGAGAAGCACAAGGAUUUGAAUCCUACGAGCCGCAAGAUGGCCAUCUAUAGUAUUGUUUGUUGGAUGGUCGGAAAAGAAUGGCACCUCUCUCACCCUGCGACAGUAUUCGUGUGUGGAACCAAGAAGGUUGCAAAGAGGGCUUUAAAGCAGAUAGAGUGCUUUCUCAAACUGGGGAACUCAGGCUUUCGUGCGUAUACCCACAUUGCGACAAUCUCUUUGAAUUGUGGUGCAUCUGGUAACGGCCCAUCUGGUAAGAUUGGCCUUUGUGGGACUUUGGUGAAUGUUGGCAAUUUCUAUGAAGCCUUCGAAAGGCAAACCACCGUUGGUGGAGUUGUCCAUAUUGAUGGAUAUUAUUACUGCAUGACAGCCGCCCAUCCCUUUCUUAGCGUGGACGAUGAUUGCGAUGACUGUGACGACGAUAGCGACGUUGGUAAUGAAAGCUUUGGUGAAGAUUCUGAAGUCGGAGACAACAACACUAUUGAAAACAAAAAUUUGACGGCGGAUCAUAUCUAUCGAGACUGCCUACACUCAUUUUUAGGAGCUAUCCCGCUUGAUGACGACGCGUCGCACAGGAAGUCGUUCCUGUCCGAAAGGUUUGACUGGGCUUUGCUUAAAGUUUCCGAUGAGUGUGAACCAGGACUCAACAAGAUCAAUGUUCCCGGUGGGAUAUUAAUUCCCUGGAAGAUUUCGGCUACGCCCCCUAAGACCCCACUAUGGGCAGCAACUGGAACUCACCAAGCGGUGGAGAUCCAAUCCACUCCAACGCUUUCUGGCAUCUGCUUGGACAAUUCGGGUAUUCUAGAUGUUUGGAGCCUAAAUAUGAUGUCCUACCCCGGAGAUUCAGGUUCAUGGGUCGUUGAUCCUCAUGACGAUUCAAUCGUUGCAAUUGUUAUAGCCAGGUGCGAAGCUCUGAAUGCCACAUACGCCCUGUCAGCUCGUGAUGUUUUCAAUGAUAUUGCUCGCAAUAUUGGACAAACAAUAGAUUUGACGGUGGCGGACAACGGAAGCCUUCUAACGCUGGCUGCGAAGCAAGGAAAGGCUGACCUAGUGGAGGAAAUCCUCGGGCAGGCUAUUUAUCUUGACUCUAGAAACGAAAUGGAGUGGAGCGCAAUUUAUGAUAAUGCCCUGUUGGAAGCUUCUGCAGAAGGGCAUGAGAGGACCGUCCAGUUACUGCUGGACCACGGAGCGGAUGUCGAUGCUCAGGGUGGAUCUGCCCUGCUGGCAGCUUCAAAAGAAGGGCAUUGCAGGACUGUCCAGUUACUGCUGGGGUAUGGAGCUGAUAUCAAUACUCAGAGUGGAUCUGCCCUGCUGGAAGCUUCAAAAGAAGGACAUUACAGGACCGUCCAGCUACUGCUGGACCACGGAGCUGAUGUGAAUUCUCAGAGUGAAUCUGCCCUGCUGGCAGCUUCAAAAGAAGGGCAUUACAGGAUCGUCCAGCUACUGCUGGACCACGGAGCUGAUGCAAAUACUCAGGGUGGAUCUGCCCUGCUAGCCGCUUUGAAAGAAGGGCAUUAUGAGAUUGUCCAGCUACUGUUGGACCACGGGGCUGAUGCAAAUGCUCAGAGUGGAUCUGCCCUACUGAAUAGACCAGCGGACUUGGCUCCCGCGCUCAAUACUGAGGCGCAUCAAAGCACCAUUCGUCAUCACGCGAUAUAUGCUCCUAUGCCUGGGAUAGGUUCAGAUCAUGCAUAUCCUAUGGGGUAUCAAAGUGCUAGUGAUUACCACGCACUAUUUACUCCUAUAUCUGAAAUAGGUUCAGAUCACGCAUAUGCUGAGGCGCAUCAAAGUGCCAGUCAUCGUCGCGCACUAUAUACUCCUAUAUCUGGAGUAGGUUCAGAUUAUGAAUAUCCUGAGGCGCAUCAAAGUGCCAGUCAUCAUCGCGCACUAUAUACUCCUAUAUCUGGAGUAGGUUCAGAUCAUUCAGGAACACAUAGCACAUCUGAACCGAGAAGUCCUCUACUCGGAACUCUGCGAAGCCGAAACGCUUACAGUAUCAAUGAGGAAUCACAAGGGAUCUCCGGACCCCUUCUUGAUCUGCGCUACCAAGUGCAGAGAUCUCCUGACUCAUUCUUUGUCGUGGGGAGGGUCUUUGGAAUCCUCUGGCAUGAAGACAAGGGACAGCAAAGAACAGUAAUUCCAGACAAUAUCAGCCAAGGCCGAUCCACCCAGAGCCAAUCCACCCAAAGCAGGCUUGGUGAGGAGGUCUUCAGCAGUAUCCAGCACAUGGUGGUUGUUAAAGCAAUGAGUCAAUGUGCCUGGUGUUUGCCCAUCACCACUUAUAAUGGUAAAGGAGUGGCUAAACCUGGUGUUAACCCAGCAGAACAUGCCAUUGUAUAUAUGCAGGGUUCUGUGCCUACCUGCAAAGCUGAUGAGCCACGAAUGACUAAGGAACCCUUGGAAGUCGAACCAGCAAGACCUAAUGAGAGACUUGAUGAGAUGUCUCGUCUGAAUUUUGGCAAGGUCUACAGGGUUGAGCAUAAUGCCAAAGUGCGCCAUGUCGGGAUGAUCUCCUGGACCUCAAUGGUCAAAUUCAGAGGCUAUGUAAGUAAUGCAUUCAGACUCGACAUUUGA